UGAGAAAGAAAACAGAGCGAACGCGCGAGCGGCUGGUGCGCUGCAGCUCUCGGGUCUCGCGGUCAGCCGGUGACGGGCGCGAGGCUAUAAAUAACAGCCCCGAUAUUAGAGAUAAAUAAACAGGACUGCAGGGACGACAUGAGGAGAGCCGCGGCGCCGUGAACGGAGCACGAGCGCACGGAGGACUCCGAUUCUUUCAGAAGUCCAGCGUGUGUGUGUGUGUGUGUGUGUGUGUGUGUGUGCCCCGCGCGCUCAGCAUGGCGGAGAGAGGAGGGUCCCGGCUCAGCUUCCCCGGGAGCGCGCUUAACACGCCGGUUCCCAUGAACCUGUUCGCCACGUGGGAAAUAGACGGCUCCUCUCCACACUGCAUCCCCAGGCUGUGCAGUCUGACGCUGAAGAAGUUGGUGGUUCUGAGGGAGUUGGAUAAAGAGCUGAUCUCGGUCGUCAUCGCUGUAAAAAUCCAGGGCUCCAAGCGUAUCCUGCGCUCUCAUGAGAUCAUGCUGCCCCCUACUGGAGCGGUGGAGACUGACCUGGCUCUCACCUUCUCUCUGCAGUAUCCUCACUUCCUGAAGCGAGAGGGCAAUAAGCUGCAGAUUCUGCUCCAGAGGAGGAAGCGCUACAAGAACAGAACCAUUCUGGGCUAUAAGACCCUCGCCGCUGGAUCUGUGGACAUGGCUGAGGUGAUGCAGCACCCUGCUGAGGGGGGUCAGGUUCUCUCUCUCUGCAGCCAUCAGAAGGAUCUCCAGGGUAAAGUGGCUGAGAUCUGGAUUUACUCUCUGUCCAGUCAGCCUAUCGACCACGAGGAGGCAGCAAUGCUGGGACAGAAGAUCAAAUGCUCCGAUAAUUACUCUGAGGAGGAGUACGAGAGUUUCUCUUCAGAGCAGGAGGCCAGUGAUGAUGCGGUACAGGGGCAGGACCUUGAAGAUGACGAGUUUGAUGUGAGGAAGCCUAAAAAACAGCGCAGAUCAAUCGUACGGACAGCGUCCAUCACAAGACAGCAGAACUUUAAGCAGCGUGUUGUCGCUCUGCUGAAGCGUUUCCGCGUCUCUGAUGAGGUGUUGGAUUCAGAGCAGGACCCCGCGGAGCCCCCCCCGGAGGUGGAGGAGGAGGAUUUGGAGAGCUUGGACUUUGAGAACCCGAGCGACAGCGGGCCGGAACUGGACGACGACGACAGCGUCCUCAGCACGCCCAAACCACAACUGAAGCCGUAUUUCGAGGGCGUGUCUCUCUCGAGCUCUCAGACGGAGAUCGGCAGCAUUCACAGCAUCAGGAGCCACAGAGAACCACCCAGUCCUAUGGAGCCUGAUAAGCUGAAGUCUGUUGGAGGGAAGUUUCAGGUGGAUGAAGCUCCUGACAGUGUUACAUUUGGGCAGCCAGAGGUCGUGACUCCUACCACAGAGUUAGAAAUGAUGGACAAUAUGGACACCUUCCUGGAGAAGCUGCCCCCUACUGGCAAAAUGACCAAAACGGAAUCACUGAUCAUUACCUCCAACAGGCAGGAGCCGAAGCUGGCCGGCCGCAGGGGGAGGAGCACGUCUCUAAAGGAACGGCAGACCAGCCGGCCGCCCAAUGAGAGAGCCAACAGCCUGGACAACGAACGCUCACUGGACCCACGCUGCCACCUGCAGAUUCCACGCAAAACAGUUUAUGACCAGCUGAACCACAUCCUGGUGUCUGACGACCAUCUUCCUGACAGCAUUAUCCUCAUAAACACCUCAGACUGGCAGGGCCAGUAUCUCUCCGAUGUCCUCCAGAAUCAUGGUCUCCCUGUAGUUUGUACCUGCACCACGGCCGACAUUCAGGCAGCCUUCAACACCAUCGUCUCUCGGAUACAGCGAUUUUGUAACAGUAACUCCAUCACUCCUGCACCGGUGAAAAUAGCCGUAGCAGGUGCUCAGCAUUACCUGUCCGCUGUGCUCCGCCUCUUUGUGGACCACCUGACCCAUAAGACUCCUGAUUGGCUCGGCUACCUGCGCUUCCUCAUCAUCCCACUGGGAGCCCACCCGGUCUCAAAGUACCUGGCCAGUAUAGAUUACAGGUAUAGCAGUCUGUUUCAGGACUCAGCGUGGAGGGACUUAUUCUUUAAAACUGAGGCUCCCGUUGUUGUGCAGGAUAAUCCAGAUGUGGUCGCCAGGGUAACGCAGUACAUGCUGGGGGCUAAUGGAGCUCAUCAGCUGCCCAUAGCGGAGGCCAUGCUAACGUACAAACAGAAGAGGAAAAAGAGCUUUCAUUUUGAUUUUGCAGUAAGCCCGGAUGAGGAUUCCUGUCAGAAAUUCAUCCCGUUUAUUGGGAUGGUGAAGGUGGGGAUUGUUGAACACAGCUCUGCAGCAUCAGGUGAUUCAGAUGAUGCUGCUCCAAUGGGUUCUCUCCUCUCCUCCACUCCUCCUCAGAUAUCUCCAGCUCUUAAAGAAGCUUCUCCUACUCCUCCCUCCUCUCCGUCCGUUCAUUCACCUUUCUCCAGUUCUCCGGGCGGCGGGCAGGGGGAGCUGAUGGGUCUGCAGGUGGAUUACUGGGUGGCUCCGACGGAGAGGAAGAGAGACAUGGAGAAGAGAGACUCCUCCUCCAAGAAUACGCUCAAGUGCACCUUUCGCUCGCUGCAGGUUAGCCGCCUCCCACCAGGCGGGGCGGAGGCGGGGCCACAGCCGACCAUGUCCAUGACUGUAGUGACCAAGGAGAAGAACAAGAAAGUGAUGUUUCUGCCCAAGAAGACGAAAGAUAAAGAGGUGGAGUCUAAGAGUCAGGUGAUCGAGGGAAUCAGCCGGUUAAUCUGCACUGCCAAGCACCAGCAAACCAUGCUCAAAGUGUUGAUAGACGGCGUCGAGUGGAACGAUGUGAAGUUUUUCCAGCUGGCUGCUCAGUGGUCAUCUCACGUGAAGCACUUCCCCCUGGCCAUUUUCGGACACUCCAAGGGGCCGUACUGAAACGGCGCCCUCUACUGACCCUCCACCUGUUUGUCCAUCCUUUAUGUGCCAACUGCCUUUAACGCCCCGCUGCCGUCCAGUUCCGUCCUCACGUCUUAAUUUAAACACCUGCUUUUAUUUUUUGUCAGUUUAUUUAGUUUUGUUGUUUUUUCUGACAGACGGGCAGCAGGGUGGCGCUUUUCUCCCAGCGAGCAUUUAAACCCUCCUUUGUUUUUAGAGCCUAACUGAAGACUAAUGAACUGAUCGUAUGGAUUGAUUAACUGGCUAACUGAUGGCUGCCCCCCCCAUACACACACACAGACGGGAAAUCAGGAAAAGAUGCUGGUGCUUCCCCCUAAGAAUGAACAGCAUCGUCCUGCACCUCAUCACUGAAGGACCUGCACUGACUGAAGCUCUGAAAUACUCACCGGACUGUUCUGCAGUGACCCCCCUGCAGGCUUUCACCACCAACCCCAAGAUCAGCUUCAUCCCCUCUGGAGUCUCCGGUUGUUUGCCCUCUCUGAAAGUGAUAGUUCAGCCAAAAAUCAGCCCCUUUACCCCAAACGUAGCCGGAAUGUUCUGGAUGUGUUGUGGGAGGGGAGGGAUGCAGGGCAGGAGGCAGCAGCAGGGCAGAACGAGGGUUUAAUGAAGGCUCUUCUCAACACAAGCAGAGUGAAAAGAGAAAGACGAAACGGCGGCUUCUUCUCACUGCGGCUGUGCGGUUAUUCUCUCUCUCUCUCUCUCUCUCUGUCUCUCUGUCUCUCUCUCUCUCUCUCUCUCUCUCUCUGUCUCUCUCUCUCUCUCUCUCUCUCUCUCUCUCUCUCUCUCUCUCUGUCUCUCUGU